AUAUUAAAUGUAAAUACCGUCGUUUAUGGCAUUUGUGAGUAUUUGACCACACAAUACACGUUCAAUAUUCAUAUUCUAUUUAUCUACUCUACUUCUUCUACCACCCAUUUCACAUUUGACUAAUAAUUAUUAUAAUUUAUUUUAUUUUGAAAUAUAAAUUCCAAUCGUCGAAUGCCAAUCGGUUCACCGACUGCGUGACUGGCUGGCGGGUGUUGGUGUGGUGCAGUACUGCAGUUGCAUCCCUCAAUUAUCUGGUUCCGAAUUAUUGCGGCAUCCGGAUUCCGGGCAUUGUCAUUCGUCUGCGAAUUAACUCAAAUCGCAAUAAUAUUAUGAUAUCAUGUCGUGCUCUUCACGUUUUGGCACGACGAUCGAUGACGCUGAACGCGGCUGACUAGCGGCUCGCCGCUGUGUUUGUUUGUUGUCGUGCGACGGCGAUUUAUUAUCAGCCGCAAAGAGGGAUGACGACCGUCCCGAAAAUCAAAUAACAGACUAACAUAACUAUUUUAGGGAAAUAACCCAUCGUUGUGAGUAAACUUGAGACUGCCGGGCGUCGGCGUGUGCCGUAUACUUGGGUGCGCGCUAGCUUAACUUGGAAUCAUGGUGGAAGACAAAAUCCUGUACACUUUCCGGGGGUGGUUGGCAUUUGUGGCUUUCAUGGACCUAGGAGUAACGUUUCGUUCGUUUUUCGAGAACAAAUGUAUCAUUGGAACACAGACCAAUUUACAGGCCGAUGAACACUUUAUACAUGAGGAAUUAACUUUACCAAGAGUGCUGGGUAUGUUUUCACUUCUUAAAGCUCUAUGUUUGAUACAUUGCUCGUUAUUUAUUCACUAUAAGCCAAUGGUCAGUAUUGGUGCUAUGUCUAUGGUUUUAUCCAUUGUUUUGUAUCUCAGUGAAGCAAUUCAUUACCGUUCAACUACUUUAAAUUUCUUUAUUGUUUUUCCAAGCAUUUUAAAUGGUUUAACACUGAUUGGUUUAUACUUAAUUGUACGCAAGAUUAAUAAGCCACCAUCUGAAUGUGUUGAAGAAAAUGUUGAAAUGUUAAUGAGUAAACUCAAAUAUCAAAAAAGUAAAAAAUAUAUUUGUAAAAAAAAAUAGGUCUAUGAUAUAGAAAACAAGAAGAACCAUUCAAGAUUUGUUUUUCAAUUUUAUAAAUUUGUAAAAUAUUGAGCUUUCCUAGUUUUUUUAAUUGUACUUAAUUAAUUAUAUUUGUAUUUAAUUGAAUACAUUUGUAUUUCAGUUGGUAAUUAGUUAUGAACCAAUACAUAUUUAUGAUUUUUCA